AUGCAAAACCCCUCGAACGCAGCACGAGCUGCGCAGACGGUGCACCACGUCCCGGGUCUCGCCCCGGAGGAAUCGGAGCGGGUCUCCGAGCAGACCCUGCAAAGAUACAGUUUUGAUGGUUCCUCCUUGAGCAAAAAUGGGAAAGGGGUCUCCGUUGUUUGGUUUAGGAACGAUUUGAGGAUCUUGGACAACGAGGUUUUGCUCAGGGCGUGGGCUUCGUCCGAGGCUGUCCUGCCUGUUUAUUGUCUCGACCCCAGAAUUUUCGGGUCCACCACAUAUUACUUCGGUUUGCCCAAAACUGGAGCUUUGAGAGCACAGUUUCUUUUAGAGUGUUUGACAGACUUGAAAAGAAAUCUGAUGAAAAGGGGUCUUAACCUCUUAAUACAACACGGCAAGCCUGAGCAAAUUCUUCCUUCUCUUGCAAAAGCAUAUGGAGCCCACACUAUUUACUCCCAGAAAGAAACAUGCAGUGAAGAGCUAAAUGUGGAGAGGCGUGUUUCCAAAAAUUUGAAAAAACUGGAGUCUUGUAAACUGGAAUUGAUAUGGGGUACAACCAUGUACCAUAUUGACGACCUUCCGUUUGACUGCACGUCCUUGCCUGACGUUUAUACUCAGUUUCGAAAGUCAGUCGAGUCAAAGUCUGUAAUUAGGAGUUGCAUUAAGGUACCAGCAUCGCUUGGGCCCACGCCAGACGUCGAAGAUUGGGGAUGCAUUCCCGACAUUUCAUCACUUGGUGUUCAACAUGCAAAGGUUGGUAAAGGAAUGUCUUUUAGAGGAGGUGAAACUGCAGCAUUGAGUAGAGUACACGAAUACUUCUGGAAGAAGGACCUCUUGCGGACGUAUAAAGUGACCCGAAAUGGAAUGUUGGGACCUGACUACUCAACAAAAUUUUCUCCUUGGCUUGCCACUGGAAGCCUUUCACCCCGUUAUAUUUACGAAGAGGUGAAAAGAUAUGAAAAGCAGAGAGAAGCAAAUGACUCCACCUAUUGGGUGUUGUUUGAACUUAUAUGGAGGGACUACUUCAGGUUUCUAUCCAUCAAGCAAGGAAACUCUAUUUUUCACUCAGGCGGUCCACGGAAUGUAAAGCCUAAUUGGAGCCAGGACCAAGCACUCUUCGAUGCCUGGAGGGAUGGUCGAACUGGGUAUCCUGUAGUUGAUGCAAAUAUGAAAGAAUUAUCGGCCACUGGCUUUAUGUCAAACCGUGGGCGGCAGAUUGUGUGUUCAUUUCUUGUUCGAGAUAUGGGCAUCGACUGGAGAAUGGGAGCCGAAUGGUUUGAGUCAUGCCUUCUCGAUUAUGACCCUUGUUCCAAUUAUGGAAAUUGGACCUAUGGAGCAGGUGUUGGGAAUGACCCGAGAGAGGAUCGUUAUUUCAGCAUUCCUAAACAAGCUCAAAACUAUGAUCCUGAUGGCGACUUUGUUGCGUACUGGUUGCCUCAGCUAAAGGCACUGUCGAAAGAGAAAAGACAUAAUCCGGGAAUGUUGUAUAUCAAGCCAAUCGUGGCCCUUAAGUUUGGAAAUACGAAAUCAACGAUUAAUCGGACGGCAGGCUCGUCAGGGUCCAGGAGAAGUGCAAAAGAAGAUAAUAGCAGCAAAUUGAGGAGCCAUAGAGGGAAUAAAACCCAAUAG